AUGAGCUCGCCCUUGACACUCCAGAUGCUGGCAAGAAGUAGUCUGCUCAAAAAUGAAGCCUUGGCUAUCUCCGCUCUGAAUAUGCUACCCAUGGAACUCUUCCCACCGCUAUUCAAAGAUGCCUUUAAGGGGAAACAAACAAACAUCCUGAGUGCUAUGGUGGCAGCCUGGCCAUUCAGAUGCCUUCCUGUGGGAGCCCUGAUGAAAUUUCAUGACCUGGAGAUCUUGAAGGCUGUGCUGGAUGGCCUUGAUCUGCUGAUUCAGCAGAAGGAUCGACCUAGCAGGAGUUGCAAACUAGAGGUGCUUGAUUUUCGGGAUGCCCAUCAUAACUUCUGGAAUGUGUGGGCUGGAACAGAGGAUGGUGUCUGCUCUCCAGAUGUCAUCAGAGAGACCCAACCAGUGGUGCACCAUCCCGAAAGACAGGGAAAAGUGGUUGUGACUGUGAUGAUGAACCUUUCCCUCAAGUCCAGGCAUCUCUGUAAAUGUCUAAAAUAUUUCUGCUGGUGGGCCCAGCAGAGAAAAGAUGUGCUUCAGGUUAUCUGUGAAAAGCUGGAGUUUGGUGCCCGUCCUUUCUAUAACCCCCUAGAGCUGCUGGAGGUAUUUGAACCAUGCUGUAUACAGGAUCUGGAAGUAAAUGCUCACUGGGACCUGAGGACCCUUGCAAUGCUUGCCCCUGGCCUGGGCCAGAUGAAAAACCUUCAGAAACUACGUAUCAAAAAAAUCUUCAUGCCCUUGCAUAGUUUUUGGAACCAAGAGAUGAAACAACAGUGCUUUCGACAGAUCAUUUUCCAAUUUUCCCAACUCAACAAGCUCCAGCAUCUCUAUUUGAAUUGUGUCUUUUUCCUGAAUGCAAGACUGGACCAAGUACUCAGGAACUUGCACAGUCCUUUAGAGACCCUAGCAAUCACUCGCUGUGCACUAUCAGAAUCAGACAUGAGUUACCUGUCCCAGUGUCCAAACGUCCAUCGGCUCACACAUCUGGACCUGAGUGAUGUCACCUUUUUAAAUUUAAGUCAUCCACUUCUGGAAAGACUUCUAGAGAGAUUGACAGCUACCCUGCAGAUAUUAAAAUUGAAGGGUUGUAUGCUCAUGGACUUCCAAAUCGAUGUUAUCCUCCCUGCCCUGAGCCAGUGUUGCCAGCUGGUGAAGGUGAAUUUUAUGAAGAACUUCUUGUCUUUGACAAGCCUUAAGAAGCUGCUUCAGCAUACUGCCAACCUGACACAGCUCACUUUGGAGAUGUACCCUGCCCCUGAUGAAGUGUAUGAUGACAUUGGUGAUGUCCUGCCAGACAGAUUUAACCAAUGUUGUUCCGAGCUCCUGGAAACUCUUAGAGCAGUAAGACAGCCAAAAGAGGUCUACUUUGUGAGUAAGAAAUGUCUAGAUUGCAGGGGAUUCUGUGUCUAUUACCAGAAGAAUGCACAGCUCACUCCACCACAGCAUUUCUCUACCUAUGCCUGUGUUUUUGUCUUGUCCCAUCUCACAGACCCAGACAGUCUCAAAGAUGUGCAGGUCCUGAAAUCCUAG